GACUGAGACAUGGAUAUGUAAACCGAGAAGACCCAAGAAUAAGUAAAAGCUUCAGAAGCAGCCAUGGACAUGUCGAGCGACUUCGAUCGACUGCUCUUCUUCGAGCAUGCCCGCAAGACCGCGGAGACUACCUACGCCAAGAACCCUCUCGAUGUCGAUAACUUGACGAGAUGGGGAGGAGCUUUGCUGGAAUUAUCUCAGUUUCAGAGCGUUCCAGAUUCGAAGAAAAUGAUUCAAGAAUCCAUUUCAAAGCUGGAGGAGGCGUUGUCACUUAAUCCAAAAAAACAUGAUACUCUUUGGUGCUUGGGAAAUGCCCUCACUUCUCAAGCUUUUCUAACUCCUGAUCAGGAUGAGGCUAGGGAAUAUUUUGACAAGGCUGCUGUCUACUUCAAACAAGCUGUUGAUGAGGAUCCCUCGAAUGAACUUUACCGCAAAUCUUUAGAAGUUUCCACUAAGGCCCCAGAAUUACACUCAGAGAUCCACAAGCAUGGAGGACCGGAAUUUGCUGGACCUUCUGCCUCAUUCGCUUCAACAAUGACUUCUAAGAAGAAGAAAAGCAGUGAUCUCAAAUAUGAUGUAUUGGGAUGGGUGAUCCUUGCUGUAGGGAUUGUUGCAUGGGUAGGAUUUGCAAAAUCUCAUGUGCCGCCUCCUCCACCAGCUCAAUAAGUGGAGAAUUUAGCACACCUUGUGCAUUUUGGAGAUACAAACAGUUUCUAGACUCUGUAGGUGAUGAUUGUAGAAAACUGAAAAUCUUAUGUCCUUCACCAUAUGUUGUUUAUUUUUUUUAUCAUUAUCAUUAUUAUUAUUAUUAUUGUUUUUCUUCCCUACGGCAAGGGCAAAUGAUUAAUAAGUUACGGUUAUAGUUUCAUAUGAAACAGUGAUUCUAUAUUUUUGAUGUUGUUAAGAAGCUUUCUUCUAGACUAGAUACAUUGCAAUAAUGUGGCAUUAUAGAAAAUUCACCCAGAAUCACUUUGAUUAGAGGUGUUCUCAAGAUAAUUGACUAAUUGUAUCUGAAUCUAUAUAUAGAUAGACAUGAUGCAGACAGAUGGUGUUAAUUUGUUGAAGCUAUAUAUCUGCAGAUUUCUUGCAAGAGAUGUUGUUCAUAUUUCCUCUGUUGGAUAACUUGGUUAAAGUGAAUGUGUGUGGUUAGUGUUGCGGAAAGAAUAAUUGGAGUGGAUAUAU